CGGAGAAUAACAAAUCCAAGCCGGAAGAGCCGCGAAAACGGCGCGCCAAGAAGCUAACCAAGGAAGAAGUGGAUCCAUAUCUUCUCAACGUCGAACCCAAAAAGUUUCGUGUAAUGCAAGAUGAGAAGCGUUUCUCGGCGAAGGGUUUUGUAAAGUGCUCCAGGAACCGAACGAUCGAGUAUCUCUACCAAGACCAUAUUCCGCCGAAUCUAUGGCGCCACGCACCAAUAGUGGAUCCGGACAAUCCCAACGAUUUGGACGAGAAGAAGCAGUACAAGAUGUUCACUUACCACGUAGAGCAUCGGUAUAACACCCUUCUGCCGGAUAUCCCAUUUGAGCGGUUGAAUCUGAUCAAGGAGUAUGUCCACACGAAUCACGUCAACACCGCGGAGAUCCUGAGCGAGCACCAAACGACAAAGGACUAUCUGGAUGAGUACAUUGCCUUAGAGAAUCAAAUGCUGGCGUCCCGGUACGGAGCCACAGUCAGAACCAGGAGAAGAAUGGACAACAGUUCAGUUGAAGCGGAAAAAAGAACUCGCCAAGAAACCUCAGACCCAGAUUCCGCUAAGAGGGUGCGACUCGAGGAGUCUGUAACAGAUGCAACACCAAUGGAUGAAGGAGAAACUUUAAAUCAAUCCGACCUAAUAGAUCAGUCGUUGGCCACCGGAGAAAUGUUGCAGAAUCAAAUCUCCGUCGACUCUGGCUUGGGAGAAUCCCUAAAUUGUAGCCAAGAGGACAGUGCCAUAAACACCACGCAGGACGAUAGCCAAGUAGAGAGUUCUACCUUGUGCGAGAGUCAGGUGGAAAAUGCAGCACUUAGUAGCACCUUGGCCAUCAACGAGUCCAGUAUUCUGGAGAGUACAAGGAUCGAUCUACCGCCGGCGAAAGAAGGUUCUUUCGAGGACCUAAUCCAAGUCGAUUCCGGGAUUGGACUGGAUGAUACACACCUUCCGACAGGCCAAUGUUUUGACGAUGAGGGUGUUGUUCUUUCAGAUUUUGAAGAUCACCGCCUGCUCUCGCCAAAGGUUUUGCUUAGGGAUAUUAUGCGCGGAGUGCCCGACAAGGAGAACAUAAGUGUUGUUGUCGGGGAGGAAGUGACGGAAAUCAGCCGGAUCGAGAGGCAAGCGGAAGAUGUGGAUAUAAUUACCGUAAAUGCCGAGGAGACGGUGAAUGUGCCCAGGGAAGUCUGCUACACCAUUGAGCGCAAUAUUUUGGGAAUUCCGCAGAAGCAUUUAAGGAAAAGGAUCCUUUUCAAACUCCCCAAUGAGUAUGAACUAUUUAAAAAAGCGCGUCUGCCAAGCAAGAAAGAGGCAGUUCCGAAGCCUCCCACCAUCCCCAGAGUGCUGAACUUCAAAACAGAUCCGGAAGAAAGACCCGAAGCAGACGGAGAAAUGCCUGCCUCUCCUCUUAGCCUAGAGUUUGACAUCGAUAUGAACUUUCUGGGCUUCCGAAGACACACUUUGGACUCUGGGUUCGACAUUGACACCAUAAGAGCAUGGUCAGCGACAGUAUCAACGAUAGGAGAAGCGCCUCUUGAUGUUGAAAACGUUUCUGGGGGCCAGGAAGGACGAGAGGUUGCUGCACCACAUAACCCAGAUGUCGUGGAUGCUGCUGGUGAACCGUCUGAAAUGGAAAUCGCAAAUAAUACUUCGGUCGCAGGGGAAAAUAGUAUGGAAGAAUCACAGUUGGAAACUACUUCAAAUUCUGAGCUACAGACUACGACUAUGGAAAAUACAGCCGUUGGAAUGGAGAGCGGCUUAGGAGUGUCACUGACCUCUGAUCACAGCACCACAAUGGAGGCUACAUCCGUUGGAAUGGAGAGCGGCCCAGGAGUGUCACUGAGUUCUGAUCUCAGCACGACAAUGGAGGCUACAACCGUUGGAAUGGAGAGCGACUUAGGAGUGUCACUAAGCUCUGAUCUCAGCACGACAAUGGAGGCUACAGCCGUUGGAAUGGAGAGCGGCUUAGGAGUUUCACUGAGUUCUGAUCUCAGCACGACAAUGGAGGACAGCGCGGUAGAUCAAACUCAGGGCAGCAGCUCCCUCAACGAUUCGGAACUUGACCAGGUAUCAGGUGACACUAUCACCUUGUUAGACGAAUCAAUCAUAAUGGACGAAGCACCGGCAACAAAGUCGCGUGCGGAUAAAACAGAUGGCAGGGGGCCCAAGUGGAAGAUAGCUCAAGCAGAGGAUUCAGAGGAUAAUUCAGAAGAUGAGCCUCCCAUAACGGAUUUAUCGAUUCUAGCCUGGCAUAGGCGACUUGUUCCAGCUUUGGAAGCUGCACACGAAAGGCAAAACUUUAACAUCAAAGAUGUGGGAACUGAAAUCCUGGAAGUGUGUCAAAGGGGCAACGGCACAGCCACGUUAAAAGAUGUAAUGAAGGAUAAGGAUCCUACUAUCAUGUGCCGCUAUAUGUUGGCUUCCCUAGUACUGACGAAUCAUGGAAAUGUGUCCUUGAGUUUUGGCGGCCCAAAAAGAGGGUGUGAGCCCUUGGAUAUGUCCCAGUUUUGUAUGGAGCUAAAGAGCAUGAAACGAAUAGAAGUUCACCCGGAGGAUGAUGUGGGCAACAUCAAACCAGUGCAGAUAAGACCUGUUAAGGUGUUAAAUUCCAGUUCACAUAGGAAAGCGAAACGGAAGUCCACAGAAAUGGAGAGUCCACAGGUGUUAAGCAAAACGGUGCGAUUGAUCCAGCCCAUUCCGAAAGUUCCCCAAUCGCCCGCAGACACAGAUUCUGGGAUAUCUUCAAUGUCUUCCCUAACAACUUCGUCCCGUCCCGCCUAACAGUCUUUGUUUUCUACCGCGAUCCAUGUGUAUUAACCCGAAUCCCAGUCGAAUGUCCCCUUAAUGUCCAAUAGAUGCCAUAGCAUUUAACAAACGAUAUUGUGUCCCUUACAGAACCCGCAAACAAUUCACUUUUCCCAACUGUAUUGCACGAUCAAGAGGCUGCGGUAGACGAGAGGCCCUCUGCAAUUUUCCCCAAUCCUAGAUUAUUUUAUACUUUUAUUGGAAUUGUACAAAUCUUAUUACGAUUAUUUUCAACGGACGAGGGGAAUUAUUUUUAUGACACUCUUCAAUUCUGCCCAAUAAUAGAUUUACUUUUACAUUUUAAAUAAUUUUGUACAAAUCUUAGGAUUAUUUUUAACUGACUUGCAAUCGUAAACUUUGUGAAUAAGCCCACAUGAACAUAAUAUUAGUAUAGAAUAGGCCAACAGUAUUAUUUAAGCUCCUGUUUUUUCUGGAAACACCUCUCAUGGUUCAUCCUGCAUUACUAUUUGGUUUCCUUAUUUUCAUUAUAUUCUUUUUUAGUUAAUAUUUUCAUAUUUCUUUCGAUUUU